AUUGGGGCAAAGGCCAAGGUAGCAGAAGCCACUGAUUUCCUGUCACCUGGUAUCUAUCAGAGGCCCCAGGCCUGCCCUAUGUCACUCACCUCCUGUGUACGUGGGACACCAGCAGUGGAAGUGAACUCGGCAGCCAGCAUCCGAGUCAGCCUUGAGACCUAAGGCCUCAGACACUCAGGAGUUCUGAGGGUGAAAUGGCGACACCCAGAAAUUCAAUGAGUGGAACUCUCCCAGCAGAUGCUAUGAAAGGUCCGACUGCCAUGAAUCCUGUUCAAAAAAUAAUUCCCAAAAAGAUGCCUUCGGUGGUGGGCCCUACACAAAACUUCUUCAUGAAGGAAUCUAAGCCACUGGGGGCUGUCCAGAUUAUGAACGGGCUCUUCCACAUGGCCCUAGGUGGCCUCCUGAUGAUCCACAUGGAGGUCUAUGCACCCAUCUGUAUGACUGUGUGGUACCCUCUCUGGGGAGGUAUUAUGUAUAUCAUUUCUGGAUCACUCCUGGUAGCAGCGGAGAAAAACCCCAGGAAAAGUUUGGUCAAAGGGAAAAUGAUAAUGAACUCACUGAGCCUCUUUGCUGCUAUUUCUGGAAUGAUUCUUUUGAUCAUGGACAUAUUUAAUAUUGCAAUUUCCCAUUUUUUUAAAAUGGAGAAUCUGAAUCUUCUUAAAAGUCCCAAGCCAUAUAUUGACAUCCACACCUGUCAACCAGAGAGUAAGCCCUCUGAGAAAAACUCUCUGUCUAUAAAAUAUUGUGACAGCAUACGAUCUGUUUUCUUGAGCAUUUUUGCCGUGAUGGUGGUCUUUACCUUAUUCCAGAAACUUGUGACAGCUGGCAUUGUUGAGAAUGAAUGGAAAAAACUGUGCUCCAAACCUAAAGCUGAUGUAGUUGUCCUGCUAGCUGCCGAAGAAAAAAAAGAACAGCUAGUUGAAAUAACAGAAGAAGCGGUCGAGCUGACUGAAGUAUCUUCCCAACCAAAGAAUGAAGAAGACAUUGAAAUCAUUCCAGUCCAAGAAGAGGAGGAGGAAACGGAAAUGAACUUUCCGGAACCUCCUCAAGACCAGGAACCUUCACCGAUAGAAAACGAUAGCAUUCCUUAAACUAUUCUUUUUCUGUCUUCUGUUUCCUUUUCUUAGGCAUUAGUGUUCACAGCUUCCAAGAGACGUAUUCACCCUCAUUUCCUGAGGCCCUCUGCAGGCACCCUCCACAUGUCUCUCUGGCCUUCGCACGGAGUGACCACAGCUCACUGGCACUCGCUCGCGCGCGCUCGCUCUCUCACGCAGAGAAUCCAGCCAUGGCAGGCGACUAUGUCGGCACGUUUCCUGUCUGGGGCAGCUUACUGAAAUUCAAACAAGGCAGAGCAAGGGCUGCACCUCGGCAGUGCUCACCGGCCUCCUUCCCGGGCGAGGCUUUGCAGUAGCGGUCGGAGUAGAGGUUCCACCUCGUCCCUCUGCAACAGAGAGACUCUGCCCCUGAUGAAAAAGAUAAACCACUGUGCAGGCCAUCCCUACACUUCCUUUAAUUCGUUCCACAUCUACGUAUGUUGUGGAGUCCCUUGUGCACCACUGUCCUAAAGAGAGUAAAAAGUAAUGGUAGGGAGGUGAGAUAAGGAACUAGUCCAGCUAUCUUUCUCCGGGGCUGACACUGUGGUACACUCUUAGAGUGCCUACACCCCACCAGGGAACUUCUUAGUGGCCAACACCCAGCUCUUUCUUCAUACAAACAGCGCAGCUUAUAAAUGGGCAUGUCUGUAUCUGUCUUAACUUUCCCUAACUCCUGCUCUAGGCUCUUGGUUGCACUGUCUACCUACUUUCAGCCUUUAGGCAAGAGAAGAAAGAAUCAAAGAAGAUGCCAUAAUGAGUACCCACAUCUUAAAUGAUAAUCAACGGUUGUAUUUGUAAUUUCCAUUUCACAGAGUAGUUUAUGAAAUAAUUACAUUUGAUCUUCCAUCAUCAAGAAAAAAAAAUCCCUAUCCAUAUUUUACAAAUGAUUCAAAGAGGCUAAGUAACUUAAAAAUAAGUAAAGGUAAUUUGCUAAUGGUCACAGCUAGCAAUUUUGAGAGCCUUCUUUUGUACCCGUAUCUUCCUACUCUAAUCCUAAAAUGUUUUAAAUAACCAAACAGCCUGUAUAAACCACCUGAGCAAAGUCAACAGGUUUUAAUAAGCACCUACUCUCUGAUCAGCAUAAAAUAGGUGUUCGGAGAGACACAGAAGAGUCAGAAAUCAAGUUUUGCUUCUCAGGGAUAAAAAAACACAGACAUUCACAACAUUUGGAAAACUACUCACAUCAUUAAUAUGUACUUGGUUGUUAGGUUACAUAAUGCAGACACUAAGUACUAUGGACGUUCUCAAAAAAGAUCAUGUUUGAAAAUAAUGUAAUUAGUUACAAUGCCAAAUCUCAGGCAAUCGCUACCCUACUUCUCAAUUCCUGUUCAUAUUCAGAGAUACUAGUACCUUACAUAGGAAGAAUGUUUAUAAUCUAUCAAUUACAUUUGGGCAUUUUCUAUAGGAUAAACCCUGCGAGAUUCUGGCAGGUCAACAGUCAAAGCAAUUUCCAUGCCUUGUGAUAUUUCUACUUUGUUAGGGACCACCGAGAGAAGAUCUUUCCUGUGCUUAGAAAAAAAAAAAAAAAAAAAAAGAGAUGAAACAUCUCUAUAUGUAAAGUCCUGAAAAUCAGCCUUAAAUAAAUAAAACUCUAUUUGUGUUCUUGUCUGAAA